AUGCAUCGUGUCGGGAACGACGCGAUUCUCGCGAAGCAGGACACCGCACGCUUGACUUUUGAUAUGUCAGAAAGCACUCCCACAACGGGCGGCAGAAGUCAGCCAGGUUCGGAGGAGGACAGGCAGGCGUAUUUCUCUCGAAGAGAGCUUACUCUGCUCACACGUGGACAAGCAACAACCAUCCAGGAGCUGCUGGACAUCCGCGCGAGCCGCUCCGAGUGGCUGCGGGAGAGGACGCUCGCGACGGCAGUGGGCGUGCGCAUCCGCAACGGCCAGUACACCGACCGCCCCGCCAUCCUCGCCUUCGUCUUCUCCAAGGUGCAUCCCAACUGGUUACCACCGGAUCGCUUGCUGCCGCCGCACUUGGAGGGGGAGGGGUCGCUGUGGUGCGACCUUGACGUGCUCGAGUUCGCCUGCCUGCCCGGCCGCCAGCCAGCGCGGGACAGGGCGAGGGCGGAGGAGGAGAGCAGCGAGCUGGUGGACGACCUGCGCGGCUGCAGUGCCGUGCUUGGGCCUGGCUCGCAGGUGGCAUGCGACGACACCUUUGUCACCAUGGGCCCCAUCGUCGUCGACAGCUCAGCGCCAUAUCAGCUCGGCUUUCUCACCAACUGCCACGUGGCAGGCACCUCUCCAGAGAUGUCGGAGGGGCGCUGCCUCUACCACCCGCACUGCCCGAGCCACGGUCCCGGCGUGCCUAUCGGGGAGGUUCGGCGCGUCGUGUCGUUCCGAAGCGACUUGGAGUGGUUCGGAUUUUACAUCAACCAACUGCCUGCCCCACGUGCAGACAUCAGGGUGAGAGUGGACGGGGCGUUCGCCACCUUCGACCCCACCUUUCACGCGCACCACAUCACGGCGCGCCCAAGGGGCCUGCCACCUGGCGCAGUGGGCCCGGUGCUGCACAUCCUCCCCGCCUGGCCCGUCACCGCCCUCGUCUCACAGCAGGUGGCAAAGGUGGGGCGCAGCUCGGGCCUCACACGCGGCACGGUGAUGGCGUAUGCGGUGGAGUACUAUGUGGACAGCAAGCGCGCCUUCGCCUCUGACCUGCUCAUCCGCAGCUCCAAUGAGAUCUUCCUCUCCUCUGCAUUCGUCUCUUCCGAUCCUUUUUACCACUCCUUUGCUUCCGAUCCUUUUUACCACUCCUUUGCUUCCGAUCCUUUUUACCACUCCUUUGCUUCCGAUACUUUUUACCACUUCUUUGCUUCCGAUCGUUUUUACCACUUCUUUGCUUCCGAUCGUUUUUACCACUCCUUUGCUUCCGAUCCUUUUUACCACUCCUUUGCUUCCGAUCCUUUUUACCACUCCUUUGCUUCCGAUCGUUUUUACCACUCCUUUGCUUCCGAUCCUUUUUACCACUCCUUUGCUUCCGAUCCUUUUUACCACUCCUUUGCUUCCGAUCCUUUUUACCACUCCUUUGCUUCCGAUCCUUUUUACCACUCCUUUGCUUCCGAUACUUUUUACAACUUCUUUGCUUCCGAUCGUUUUUACCACUUCUUUGCUUCCGAUCGUUUUUACCACUCCUUUGCUUCCGAUCCUUUUUACCACUCCUUUGCUUCCGAUCCUUUUUACCACUCCUUUGCUUCCGAUCCUUUUUACCACUCCUUUGCUUCCGAUCCUUUUUACCACUCCUUUGCUUCCGAUCCUUUUUACCACUCCUUUGCUUCCGAUCCUUUUUACCACUCCUUUGCUUCCGAUCCUUUUUACCACUCCUUUGCUUCCGAUCCUUUUUACCACUCCUUUGCUUCCUGA